AUGACACGCAGGUUUCGGAGUGGACGGACGGUCAGCGAUGCGGCUUCGAGCAUUCGUCGCGUAUUUGGCGAUCUCUCCAACCGCUCCUUUUCUCGACGAACUGCUUCAUCACAGAAGCCAGAGAAGCCAAAAACGGAGACUUUGUCGGUGAAUUCCGGGAAAUUCAAGUGGCUAUCCAUAUUCCGCAAACGCAAAUCAACACCAGAGCCUGGUAACAACAAUUCGAAUGAUACGCCCCCGACGAGUGGAAAUCUACCAGGGCUGACACAGGCGGUGGUGCUGCAAACCCCACCAGUUCCACCGCCGCAAGCUGGACCUCGCUUCAUGAUCUACGUAGAUGACGACUUAUCCCAGUCGAUCUCAGCCUCAAGUGCCAAAUCUGCUGAUGUGGACGCCAAUAUCAAGAGGCGGACUGAUGACAAUAUGAAUCCCGCCCUCAAAACGCCCCGUCGUGCCAUGAAUAUACAGGACUAUUCGGGGACUGAAGAGAGCAACGAAGGAGUUGCGAGAGUACACGGAGUUUCAAUCCCGAACAGAGACGGUCCUCAGGCGUUUUUCAACACCCAGACGAUACAGUAUAACCUGGCUGGAUGGUAUCCUCAAACGAGCGAGCUGGAAAACGAUACGCUAUAUACGUCAGAUGCACUUGAACAUCUUGAUGCAAGUACGACUUGGCCAGGCUUACCAUAUUCUUACGCAGAAGAGCUUCUUUCAUGGGAAGUACUCUUCAAGGAGUGUAUUGCACGAUUGAUCAACAAGCAAUCUACUCUUCACUCGACAUAUCCGCUUUUCCCUGAAUGGGCCCAUAAAGAGAUAUUGCGUGUCGAUGUUGCACAACUUGUUCGGGACAUGGUUUCCGCGUCACAAGCACAAGGGUAUGAUUUGAGGUGGUUAGGCCGCAACGGAAAUCUACAAGGCACUUUAAUCCAUUUGGUACGUACUUGGAGCUGCUUUACGGGAAUUGAUCCACGCCUAUGGCCCACAGGGCUGUUUGCAGGGUCAGAAGAUUUUCCGCUUAAGGUCAGCGAAAAGCUCAUCGAGGUCAGCCAUUUAGAAAGUGACCACGGACGAGAGAUUGAGGUCGCUUGGGCACCGGACAGUGUCUUUUUUGAAAAUCUUCAGGUUGCCACCCGUGAAGGCGAUCGUUUCACCCUCAUUCCUCGUUACUGGUGCGCUUUCAAUUCGUCGCUCGUGGAACAGGACGAAUUUAUCAAGAUAACCUUUGCACUCGAACCUUCUAUUAAUUGGCUGAGGUGGAACACCGAAAUCCAAGGUUUCGAGGGUUUUGUCCCGUUGUUUUCUGAGUUUGAUCAACUCCCUCCCGGUUGGAAAGAGACUGUUUCAAAGUUCGAGACAGCUGGACGGGACAGUCAUGUUCAUGUGCUUCGCAUCGGAGUCACUGCUACCUUAAGCGAAUCAUUUCCGGCAAAUACAAUCUGUCAGCAAACCAUAAGGGUUUGUUUGAGGAUCAGCGUAGCCCCUUGGUAUACUGACACUCAAGGUCACUGUGUCACCUCUUGGACACCUGCCGUCGAAGAAGUGGAUACACUCGUGAAUCCUAUGGAACUCAACCAAAUAUGUGAGGAGAUGAACGAGGAAGAAAACCUGGAGUUCCUCGAACCUUUUGGUCAAAAUAACCAAAGCCUUGAGGAUGGGCGUCUUACCAAUACGUGGCUUGAGUCAGCUUCGAACGCUUUAGAAUCUUCAAACAAGUUUGCCAUUGAAGAUUCGCAUGGAUUGGCGAGAAAUGAUUUCUCCGAAACAUUUUCCUCUCCGGAUUCUUUGACAGACUAUAACGUGAUGGCCAUACUCAAGGCCCAUAAAAUGGAAGGGUACGGCACCGAACCUUUGGAAUCAAGUCCUCGAAAUUCGAUUGAUGAUUACUUCGGCCUCGUCAAUGACAAAACGCCGGAACCCAAGUGCAUAUAUGCAGAAAGCAUCGACUUUGAGACUCUAACUCCGUUGGCGGCGGAGUCAAUCAACUUGGAAACAAAUAAUACUUAUUGUGCUACACCGGAGCAGAUCGAUGAAGCUUCGGAUGAGCAAAUUGUCAAGUCACCCUUUGCUCGUUAUUUCAUCAGUUUGAUUGAGGCAGUGGGUCCGGUCGAAGCUGAAGCAGCCUCAAAUGUACUUGAACCGCAAAUGGUGGAGGUGAGAAAAAGGAUCUUGCAAUUGUAUUCAUCUUCACAAACAGACACUCUAAACGAGAAGGCAUCCGAGUACCAAGCGAUAUUGAAAGCACACAAAUCAUCAUACCUUACACGAUGGAUGCAUUCCGUCAGGCCCAGCGAUACCAGAGUCUUUCGGGAUGAUUUGACCGAAGAUGAAUCAUCCGUCGAAGAAUCGUCUAAGGAAGAUGAUUUGUGCUCAGAGGGGAAUUCAAUCUCUCCGACUUCAGUCAGAGCUCCUCCGUACACUGUUGUACCAUCAUUGAAAAACAAAAAUCGCAUGGAAAGACUGGAUACGCCGCCGAUGACGCCUCCUUUGGAAGUCGAUUCAAGUCUGGCAAGGUCUGAUUCAUUCUUUGACGGGGUAUAUUCCUUUCAAGAAGGAGAUGGCGCUGGCAGGGCUCCGUGUGAUCCCUCAAGUUCUCGCACGAAGGUCCCGUCGCGAGCCAGCGUUCAUGUUUCAGAGCUUAUUUUAUGCGCCAAAGCACCCACCGAUUCACCCGCCCGCUUCAGUAAGGAAGAUAGACUGGAUGAACAGACAAAUAUAUUAGAAGAUUAUUUGGCUAUGCUUGCUCAGAAAGAAGAGGAUAUUUCACCUCGGGUGGAUAAAGAAGAGCAGGAGAUUUUUGAGUCGAUAUUCAUGACUGAGGACGACGAUGAUGAAGAAGAAUAUUAA